AUGGCCAAAGUAGAUUCUACCGGUAGAGGAAAUCCAGACUGUUUGAAUGUGGACUUUAUGCGUUCUUUAGUGAAGCAGUAUUCUGAAUUGGGACAAUGGACCAGUGCAUUCUUCUGGGCGGAUGCGGCGGCGGCGGCCGGCAACGAUACCGUAAGCGGCGAUGACAUAUGGCUGCUAGCUAGUGCGAUGCUCGCCAGGGGAGAGUUACAUCGAGCCGCUCACACUGUCACCUCCAGAGGAUUACAUAGGAGGCAUCUUCUAUGCUUGGGUGUGGCACUGCGAGCCUACAUCGCGGCAAAGGAGCCUGCAACUGCAUUAUCCUUAAUAGAAGAAUGUGAUACGCAGUUACUGGAGCCACGCAACCAUGACCAAACACACAAUAGAGCUCUAGCUGGAGUAUUGGUAUGGCAAGCUCGAGCCCUUGCAGCUCUAGAACGACGAGAGGCAGCAGCCGAAGCACUUACGACAGCCUUACGAGCCGAUAGUGCUUGCUAUGAAGCACUGGAUUUGCUGCUGGAGCAGCAUGCACUCACACCAAGACAAGAAACUGAUUUAAUAGAGUCAUUGCCAAUAAACAGCCAGUUGAGUGCCGCGGAGGCAGCUUUUCUGCGCGCCGCAUACAGAGACCGUCUACUGAGAUAUGCGCCACUUCGAUCGUCAUUGUCCACCACAGACGACACCACUGUAGAAACGGGCGGAAACGUGACUGGUUCACCGGGGGUGCUAAGUCCGGUUGAGGCGGCGCUCUCCCGUAGUUCGGAAGGCGCAUCGCGGAAAGCAAGGCGCUUAGCGGCGGCAGGCCAUUGGGCUGAAGCUUUGAAGGCACUAGAUCUUGCCGGGCCUUGGGCCUGUGCAGAUGUACGAGCGGCCUGCCUGGUGGAACUUAAGAAGAGCGCCGAGCUGUUCGCUUUUGCCCACGCCCUUGUCGAUUCUUAUCCGCAGUCUUGGACGUCUUGGUUUGCGGUUGGCUGCUAUUAUUACCUUAUAGGUAAAAGUGAGUUUGCUCGACGUUAUCUUAGUAAAGCUAAAAGCUUAGAGCCCGGGGCGGGGUGUAUCUGGUUGGCCUAUGGACACAGUUUUGCCGCUGACAAUGAACACGAUCAAGCCAUGGCUGCCUAUUUUAAGGCAAGUCAAUUAAUGGCAGGAUGUCAUCUACCGCCGUUGUACGUGGGCGUCGAGUGCUCUUUGCUAAAUAACGUCAGUAUGUGUGAGCGCUUCUUAUUGCGGGCUGCAGCGCUCCAUAGUGACGCUGAGUCGGCAGGAGAGCAGACAGCUGACGACACGGACGCGGAGAACAUAAGCGGGUGGGAUCGCAUCGCGCGCGUAGUGUGCGACCCGCACGUGGCGCACGAGGCGGGCGCGGCGGCGUACGCGGCCGGCGAGCACGAGGCGGCGCGCGCGCUGUGGCUGCGCGCGCUGGACGCCGCGCGGGACGAGCGCGACCAGCUGCACCCGCGGUGGGCGGCGACGCUGGACGGGCUGGGGCACGCGAGCCGCGCGCUGGGCGAGCCGCGGGCCGCGUUGCGCUGGCACGAGCGCGCGCUGGCGCUGCGGCCCGCGCGCGCGGCGACCCUGGCGGCGCGCGGCCUGUGCCUGGCGCUGCUGGGCCGCGCGCGCGCCGCCGCCGACGCGCUGCACGCGGCGCUCGCGCGCGACCCCGACGACGCGGUCGCGCUGGCGCUGCUCGACGCCGUCGUCGACAGGCUGGACGCCGCGCUCACAGAAGAAGAAAUCCCGCAGUUCCCGUUCCCGACAGUGAACCUGUCUCUAGUAGCGCCCUCGACGCCCGCACAGGCCGUAGACGCAACCAACAACUCCGACAUGAGCAUGAGCUUCGACUGA